CCCCGGGCGCCACCCUGACGCUGGUUCCGCGGGCCAGGCGGGCGGCGGCGGGUGGCGUCUUCGGCCCGGGCCGGGUCCGGCUCCGGCUCCAUCUUGGGCCGCUGCGCCGGGCACCUGUGGCGGCCGCAGGAGCAGCGCUUCCGCCGGCCUGCGCGGCUCCGGGCGGGCGAGUGGGCAUCAUGAGCACCAGCCGCCCUGACCAGGGUGCCCGGCCUCCCCGGAGUCCCUGCCCACAGCCCCUGUCCCGGAGCUCUUCCAGCCUGUUGGAAGGCCAGGGGCAGAGACCAGAGCUCCGCAAGAGUGCCAGCAGCACCGUAUGGCAGGCCCAGCCAGGCGAGGCCAGCGCCAGUCCGCAGGUCCCGGAGGAAGAGGAGCACCACGCUGAGAGCACGGCGCAGACGCACGCCUCCAGCCCCCGGCCCCGUGCUGUGGGCCACUGGCGGAGCAGCACUGUGGGCAAUGUGUCUACCGUGGGUGGUGGUGAACUGGGUCGCCUGAGGGCCCCCGGUGCCGCUGCCAUGCAGAGGAGCCACUCGGACCUGGUGCGCAGCACCCAGACCCGGGGCCACAGUGGUGCCCAUAAAGCCAGCCUCAGCUGCUCGGCCCUUGGCAGCUCACCGGUCCACAGGGCUCAGCUGCAGCCCAGUAGUACUUCUGGCCAGGGAGGCCGGGCCCCUGCAGGCCUAGAGAGGGAUCUGGCUCCAGAGGAAGGGACUUCGAACUCAGCCUGGACACUGGGAGACAGUCAGGUGUGGGUGGCGCCACUAGACCUGGGAGGGACAGCCACCCACAGCAGCAGCCCCCAGGCUGGGCCCAAAGCCACUGGGCAGCCAGCCACGACCUCCUGCCAUGCCCUGUCCCCAGCAACUCUCCUCUGCAAUAUAAGAGAGGUGGGGACCGGUGGCUGCUGUCAUGCCCUGCCAGCCCCGGGGAUCCUGGCCUUUCCCAAACUAGUGGCAUCGGUAAGUGAGUCUGGGCUGCAGGCUCAGCAUGGGGUGAGGUUCCAGUGCAGGUUGCCUGGGGGGCUCCCUGGGCAUUCCCACUGCUGUGCCCACCCUUGGGGUCCCACCGGGUUGGUCACAGAGCCUGGUACCAGGACCAAGGAUGUAUGGACCAUGACCUCAGCCAGUGACUUGGCCCCUGUGUUGGCAUCCUCUCUGUCAGCCCAGGAUGCUGGUGUACAGGCAGCCCCCAUGGCGGUUUGCAAGGCUGUGGCCACCAGCCCACCCCUGGAAGCCCCCGUGGCCCUGCACACAUUCCCGGAGGUAACUCUGGGGUCCGACCUGGAGGAGGCACCAUCCCCUGUGCGGGAUGUGCGAUGGGAUGCUGAGGGCAUGACCUGGGAGGUGUAUGGAGCUGCAGUGGACCCUGAGGUACUUGGCGUGGCCAUCCAGAAGCAUCUGGAGAUGCAGUUUGAGCAGCUGCAGCGGGCACCCACCAGCGAGGACAGCCUGUCUGCGGAGGGCCGGAGGGGGCCUCUGCGUGCUGUCAUGCAGUCCUUGAGGCGCCCCAGCUGCUGCGGCUGCUCCAGUGCAGCUCCCGAGUGAGGAGCUGUGGCCCUCAGAGCUAUCCUGGGCCUGUGGACUCAGCCCCAGGCCAGGGACAGUGGGGGCCCCGGGCUCCUUGGACCUCCUGGCAGCCGUGGAUGUGUCUCUGCUGUUGGCUGACCGCAGGGCACAGGACUGCAGCCUGGGGACUUCCUGCUCCUUGCAGCUGGGCUGGUUUUUAAGGGCUUCAUUCCUGACAGCCACAUCCCUGCACAUCCAGGCUCUGAACUUUGGGACAGACUUUCAGCACUGUGCAUAAGGGUGAUCCUGAUUUUUCUGUAAAAAUUCUCGAUGUUCUGUUUAGUGUCUCCUCAGAACUCUGCCAUGAUUUCCCCUGGGACUCUUGGUGGCUGUAUUUUAAAGCAGGGCUCAGAUACAACCAAUUCCUGACAUGAAAGUUGGGGCCCCAUGUGACACAGGGACUGGCUGGGUCUUUGGGGAUGGCCACCGACACUGUUUAAGACCUCCUAUGUGCCGCACACGGUGCUUGUCACAUUCCCUUGUUGAGUCUUUGCCUCUUUGCCCUGAUUUAUGGGUGAAACCACAGGCAUUUGGCAAGGCCAUGGCUGACAUGCCCGUUGGACUGCUGGAGGUGGUGGGCUGAGAUUCAGAGCCAGGGCUGGCUGAAGCCUGGGCUGCUUUCCCGCAGCACAUUGGUGGUCAGUGCCGUGUAGUCAUGAACCAGAAGGAUUUAUUGAGUCCGUAUCCUGUGCUAGGUUCUGUGGAAUCCUUGGGGAAUGAGAUGGGCUGUCUGCACCCUCACUGAGCUGACAGGGUUGGGGAGGCGGGGUCUACAUCCGUACCAGGGCACCGGGCAUCCCAGAAGGGCCUGGGGCUGCUGCUAAGAGCCAGCCCUCCUUGUUGGUUAUCGGGUCAGGGGCUGGCCUCAGGAAGGGGAGAAAAGGUGGCCACUUGUCCCCAAAUACGUUGCAGUGCCUGAAACGACACCAUUAUCACCUCAUUCCUUUGGCUUAAGGACUUAUUCCUGGCCAGUGUGGUUCUUGGAAGGAGAGAAGGCAGAAAUGGAUAGGAGGAGGGAAGGAGCCUGGGGUGUUUUUUCACCUGGUGGGAAAUGGCCAGAGCUGUGAGGCUGUGGGGAGCUGGGAGGCCUGUGAGCCUGUCCUCCCAGCCCUGCCCAUGUGAGCUGACGUGGGACAGGAACGGGGGGCUGGGGUCAUGCGGUGAGGAACCCAGGACACAGGCUUGGCACAGCCUGGCUUCAUUGCCCAAGGACCUCCCAAGACCUGUGGAGUUUGGGAGUGGGCCUGUGUUCUCAUCUUGGGGCUUAGCGCUGAAGAUCCUAAGCUCCUGGGACAAUCCGCCAGCCUGCCCUGAAGAGGGAGCCAGGUCAGUGUGCUGCUCAGGGUCCCCUGGCUUGGGAGGGUGGAGUAAGGGCCCAUGUGCAGCCCUGCCCAUGACCUGACCCUGUUCCUGGGCCUCCUGCACUUAGGAACCCGGGACCUGGCAGCUGGCUUAGCUUUCCCUACCUCAAGGACCCUGUACUCACUGUGGUGGAAAUGACUCCUCCAAAAGUGGGUUGAGUUGGAAAGCAGGGCUGGCAUUCUAACGGGCCAAAGGAACAAGGUGAGGAAGGCAUGCAUGAGGUCUGAAUGCCUCCCAUGGCCCUGAGGUGGGGCUUUCUUACCCCCAAACGCACCCUUCCUGCUCUGCUUAAAAAAAAAAAAAUGACAGCACAUCAGAACUGCUUCUGAGGGUGGGGCUGGGGCAGAGGGGUUUGGCGUGGUGAGCGGUGAAAAUGUGCACAAGCAAGUUUUCAUGCACGCGUAGGCUCUGGCUACUGCGCAGCGCGUCUGUGCCUCUGGGUGUUCUGCGAGGCAGGCCCAUCACACUCUGGGCGAUGACACGUGCGUACCAGGCUGCCCACGUGCCUGGCGCUGCACCAGGGCUCUGGGAGCCCCAGCUGUGGGGCCAUGAGGUGACAGGUGAUGAAACGGAGUGGGGAGGGCACCAGCACACAAGGCCACAACUGAGUGGGGUCUUGACACAGUCAGGCUAGACAGGUGGCAGUGGGAAGGAGCGUACCAGGCAGACAGGACAGCCUGGUCAGAGGCAUGGAGGCCCCUGUCCUGCCUGCGCAGUGGUGAGUCACUGCAAUGCACGUUGGGUUGGGGUGUUUGUUGGGUUGGGAGGCUGCCAAGGGGUCCCCGUGGUGAGGGUCCCUGUGUGACUAAGGAAGCAGACUUCGGGGAGCUGCGGAAAGGGUGAUGGGGCCAGAUUUCAUUUUGGAAACAUCCCUUUGGCUGCCAUUGGAGAGAUUAGUGUGGGAGAGGUGGGAGGCUGGGGCCCAGGGGGAUAUAGGUGUGCGAGCCAAGGAGGGGCCUGUCGGGGAGAUGGAAAGGGAGCUGGGGGUUGGGCAUUCGUGCACAUACACGCACACACAUGUGCACACACGGGUGCACACAGGGCCUGCAGUGGCUUCAGAAAGGAGGAAGAGUUUUAGGAGGCUGGUUUCCAGUUUGAGCAAAAGGAGGUGAGGCCACUACCUGGGACAAGAAGAGGCAGGCGAAGGGCCACAUGCCAGGAUAUUUGGCUGAAACUCUUAGAGACUUUCUCUGUCACAUGCAAAUUCCCUUGAGUUCAUUCUCUGUUUGGCUGCUGUGUGCCAAUCAGUACCCCUUCCUGGCUGUACCUGGUGGGCCAGGAUGGCAGGCUGGGCUGGGCCCCAAGUGGGAAGGCCUAGCCAGUCCUUCCAUCCAACUCAUCGUGACCAAGAUAAAUGUUUGCAACGUGGUGCUGGAAUCCAGUCUGGCCUGUGUCCAGCUUUGGGGCUGUGCAUGGCUGGGGACCCCAUCAUAACUUCCUGGUUAAGCUUGCUGUCCUGGCCGUGGCUCCACUAGCCAGACUGCACAGCCUCGGCCAGUGGGUCCACCUGGCCCCCAUCCCGUUGCUGUGGCCCCUCCCUGGCUGGGCCUGACCAGCAGUGGUUUAGGGUCUCAAGACAUGGCCACCAGCUUAGUUUACAGAUCUCCCUUCAGAUUCCAGAUUUCUGACCAGACUUUCUGGGUCCCCUUCAGGCCCUGCUCUGGCAGGUGAUGGAUUUCAUUAUUUGUACAUUUGUUUUGUUUUGAAUUUGGAAUAAAGUAUUGGAGGUCAGAGCUUUGCUAGGGAAGGGUC